CACACUUUACUUUGGUCAAUUUUUUUCUGAAGGAACAUUUUCUACACUCUCAUUAGUCUGCAACUCUAUGGAGGCUCGUCUUAUGAAGUUGGUGGCCAAUUCACGUGAAAUCAAGUUUCUUCUCGGACCAAUCGAGCCGGAUACAUGCGUUUCAUUGAUCAAGCAAUGCAGAACCAUCCAAUCUUUGAAAUCCGUCCACGCUUCAAUGCUCAGAUCAUAUCUUCACUCAAACCUCUUCUUCUCCACCAACCUCAUUUCUCAAUACGCCUCUCUAGGCUCCAUGUCUCAUGCCUACUCCCUCUUCUCUACGACCCAAUCGUCGGAUGUCUUCCUCUGGAAUGUAAUGCUCCGUGGCUUCGUCGACAAUGGAUUAUAUAACCGUUCCAUGCUUCUGUACAGAAAAAUGCUACUACGGGGCAUUCAACCCGACAAUUUUACGUACCCUUUCAUUCUCAAGGCAUGUGGAUGUGUUAGGGAUCUUGAGUUUGGGGUUAUAGUUCAUGGUAACCUGAUAGAAUCUGGGUAUGAUUUAGAUGUCGUCGUUGGUAAUUCACUCGUUACCAUGUAUGGCAAGUGUGAGCGUCUUGAUAUCUCUCGGCUAGUGUUCGAUAAAAUUGCUGAAAGAAAUAUAGUCUCUUGGAGUUCAAUGAUUGGUGCAUGUGCACAGAACGGGCAAUAUGAGGAAGGGUUAUCGUUGUUCUCGCGAAUGUUGGAUGAGGGAAUCAGACCAAACAGGGCUCUUAUCUUAAAUGUGAUGUCCUGUGUACACAGAGAAAACGAUGCUGAUGAUGUCUGUAGAAUUGUGAUAGAUAAUGGAGUUGACGUGGAUCGGCCUGUCCGAAAUGCAGCAAUGGGGAUGUAUGCGCGAUGUGGGAGAAUUGACAUCGCUCGAAGAUUCUUUGAUGGAAUCGUUGAGAAGGAUUUGAUGUCUUGGGCAGCCAUGAUUGAAGCUUAUGUGCAAACUGAUUUGCCUCUUACAGCCUUAGAGCUUUUUAAACAGAUGGUAUUGGAAAGAAUCCCUCUUGAUUCCGUGAGCCUUUUGAGUGUGAUUCAUGCUUGUUCAAAUUUAGCUUCUUUCCAGCAAGCACGCUUCAUUCAUGGGUUCAUUACUCGGAGAUUUCUUGAAAACCAAAUAUCAGUUGAAACUGCUCUAGUUGACCUCUAUGUUAAAUGUGGACAUUUGUUAUAUGCUAGGAAAAUUUUUGAUAACAGGCGGGAAAGAAAUAUAAUAUCAUGGAGUACCUUAAUUUCAGGAUAUGGAGCACAUGGCCAUGGCAGAGAAGCGCUCUACCUAUUUGAUCAGAUGAAGGACACAAUAAAGCCUGACCAUAUUGCAUUUCUAUCGGUGUUGUCUGCCUGCAGUCAUGGCGGGUUGCUUGUGGAAGGAUGGGAGUGCUUCAAUUCCAUGAGUAGAGAUUUUAACGUUACACCAAGAUCUGAGCAUUAUGCAUGUAUGGUUGACAUGUUGGGUCGAGCUGGUCGGCUGAAUGAAGCUCAUGAUUUUAUUGAGAGAAUGCCUACGUGGCCAGAUGCUGGUGUCUGGGGAGCAUUGCUUGGAGCAUGUAGAAUUCAUUUAAAUGUAGAACUCGCUGAAGUCGCUGCAAAAUCUUUAUUUCGGUUAGAUUCAGAUAACCCUGGUCGGUACGUUCUAUUGUCUAACAUUUAUGUGUCAUCAGGCAAAAGGAACAAAGCUAAUAGGAUUAGAGCUCUUAUGAAACAAAGAGGGUUGAGAAAAAUUGCUGGCCACACAAUUAUAGAGAUUAAGAACAAGAUCUAUACAUUUGUUGCUGGGGAUCAGUCACAUCCACAAACUAGUUUGAUCUAUUCUGAAUUGGAGAAAGUGAUGCAUAGGAUUCGACUGGCAGGGUAUACACCUGAUCUGAACUUUGUAUUGCAUGAUGUGGAGGAAGAGAUGAAGGAGAAGCUAUUAUAUGCGCAUAGUGAGAAGUUGGCAAUUGUUUUUGGGCUACUGAAUACAGGGUCAUCUAGUACCAUUAGAAUUAGAAAGAAUCUUAGGGUUUGUGGGGAUUGUCAUACUGCUGCAAAGUUUAUAUCUAAGGUUACGGGAAGGGAUAUCAUAGUGAGAGAUGCUCACAGAUUCCACCAUUUUAACAAAGGAACAUGCUCUUGUGGGGAUUAUUGGUGAUGUGUUAUGGUCUCAUUCUAUUGCCAACAUAUUUGUGCUUUUUACUGGAGGAGAAAUGCUGCGAACUAUGACCAGGUAAGGAUUCAAACAAGCAUGACCAAUAAAUAUGUCAGUGUGGAGAAACCCGUCUUACCUCCUUGGCUUUACAUGACCAAUAGCUUAGGAUAGGCUUACACGCACCAACUGUGUACGGUGACAUUGCAAAGUUGGCUUCACAGACUUUGUGGGAGUCGCUAAUAUGGGAUGUGCAGAAAAGUUCUUCUAGUCAUAAUGCCCGUUUAUUGUUUUCACUGUGGCCUGGGGUAUUUUGCAUAGUCGGAAUGCAUGUAUUUGUGAAGGAAGAUCCUGGGAUACUAAGGUACAGAUAGGGCUACCACGAUGCUUCAGGGCUGUAGAAAGGUCAACUGAACAAAAGUUCUGAUUGCAUAAAGACGAUUUUGUGAAUAGGACUAUCAAUUUUUCAAGGGCUGGAAUUGGGGCUGUUCUUGGAGACGACAUAAGGCAAUGUAAUGAUGGCAUUGAGCAGGAACAGAAAUGCUGUCGAGGAUGUGGAAGAUAUUGAGGCUCUAGUAGCCUUAUGCGAACUGGAAAUGAUAUGCCAGUAGGGGACAUCAACCGUCAUUCUUGAAUGCGAUUCAUUGGUAACUGUUGCCACACUCAUCUCACGACCUUCCAACUUUUCUUGUCUUAGGACCUUGAUGGAUGAAAUUAAACUGCUAUUCAAAUGCCUCAGCCACAACGGUGUUACUCAUGCAAAAGGGAGAUCAAUGAAGGCAUUUCUUCCGAUUAGAAAAAAAAAAGGAAAAAUAUAACACAUGGCUUUUAAGAAUAGUUUAAAAUCGCUUUAUGAUAUUACUGAUAAAAAAAAAAAAUCUUUUGCAUUCAUUGAAUGAGAAGGUAAUUGCAUGCGUAUAUUUUGAUAUUUAA